AUGUCCUCCUCGGGCACAGCUGCGGAGGGAGAGGCAGCCCCCGCCCAACCCGCGUCCGAAAAAGAGCCCGACAUGCCCGGCCCGAGAGAGGAAAGUGAAGAGGAGGACGAGGACGACGACGAGGAGGAGGAGGAAGAAGAGAAAGAAAAGAGCCUCAUUGUGGAAGGCAAGAGGGAGAAGAAGAAAGUAGAGAGGUUGACGAUGCAAGUCUCUUCCUUACAAAGAGAGCCGUUUACAAUCGCACAGGGAAAAGGGCAGAAACUUUGUGAAAUUGAAAGGAUACAUUUCUUUUUGAGUAAGAAGAAAACAGAUGAACUUAGAAAUCUCCAUAAACUGCUUUACAACAGACCAGGAACAGUGUCCUCAUUAAAGAAGAAUGUGGGUCAGUUCAGUGGCUUUCCAUUUGAAAAAGGAAGUAUCCAAUAUAAAAAGAAGGAAGAAAUGUUGAAAAAAUUUAGAAAUGCCAUGUUAAAGAGCAUCUGCGAGGUUCUUGACUUGGAGAGAUCAGGUGUAAAUAGUGAACUGGUGAAAAGAAUCUUGAAUUUUUUAAUGCAUCCAAAGCCUUCUGGCAAACCAUUGCCAAAAUCUAAGAAAAGUUCUAGCAAAGGCAACAAAAAGGAACGGAACAGUUCUGCGAUGGCCAGGAAAGCUAAGCGAACCAAAUGUCCUGAAAUCCUGUCAGAUGAAUCUAGCAGUGAUGAAGAGGAAAAGAAAAACAAAGAAGAGUCCUCAGAGGAUGAAGAUAAAGAGAGUGAAGAGGAGCCACCAAAAAAGACAUCCAAGAGAGAAAAGCCCAAACAGAAAGCCACUCCUAAAAGUAAAAAAUCUGUAAAAAGUGCUAAUGUUAAGAAGGCGGAUAGCAGUACCACCAAGAAGAAUCAAAAUAGUUCCAAAAAAGAAAGUGAAUCUGAGGAUAGUUCGGAUGAUGAACCUUUAAUUAAAAAAUUGAAGAAACCUCCUACAGAUGAAGAGUUAAAGGAAACAGUAAAGAAAUUAUUGGCCAGUGCUAACUUGGAGGAAGUCACAAUGAAGCAGAUUUGCAAAGAGGUAUAUGAAAAUUACCCUGCUUAUGACUUAACUGAAAGAAAAGAGUUCAUAAAAACAACUGUUAAAGAGUUUUCCAGUGGACCUGCCUAUGGAAUACUGAAAACAAUUCUAUAA